AUGAAGAACGCAAUCGUCUCGACCAUCGCGGCCGCCUUGCUUGCCGCUAGAUUCACACGCGCACAAGACACCGUCCUGUCAACAGCGGCAUUGCCCACAGAUACACAAAGUGAAACGUUACCCUUGGCCACCCAGACUCCAUCGACCACAUUUCUUAGCAGUACCAUCACCUCAAGCGCGAGCUUGACGAGAUCGACGGAUAAUGACGCCGCGACAACAUAUUUCGUCGAACUAGCCUCCCCACCAGAUGCGCAGACUCUGGCAGAGUUCGAGUCUGAGCAAUUCACUUUGGUUAAUGGCCCUUCCACUUUUGCCUUCGAUCUCGACGGCGAUAUCGCAAGCACAUCCAUCUCCAUGAACAUCAAAUGCCAAGUGACCAGAGCCGACAAGGACUAUGACUGUCAAAUCACCGCAGCCGUGGACGGUAUUACCGAAAGCAGCAAUGUUGCGAUUCCGACCAAGUCGCUGGAUUGGCAGACCUUCUCGGCGACCGUCACGGCCGGACAGGAACUCAUGAGUCUCCCUACUGCCGAGCCUGGUGCUGGAGCGAGUGAGAGUGGGAGCUCGAGUGAGAAUGGCGUCUCGCGGGCAUCUGUCAGUGCUGCCGCGGCUCUGUUGGUGGCAGCUGUUGGUUUGCUGUUCGCUUGGUGA